UUCUGAUAUAAUCACAAGGCUAUUCUUGUCAUCCCAAAAUUAACAGCCCGAGAAAGAAUAAUCUCCCCAGCUCAAGUUUGUAGUAGCAGUAGUAGCUGUUGUUUGUUAAAUUCAAUCCUCUGAAAUCUGCACCGCUAUUUUAAUUGGGUUUCUCCUAAAUCAAAGCUCACUAAUUCAACAAUGGCUAUGAUCCAAUUCUCAAUCUCCCCUUCCACUUCUAUUCGUUCUUCACCUUCGAUUUCCGGUCCCUCUGCGCACCGGAUUGUACCUUCCAUCUCUAAAGAGCACUCAUUUAAGCACUUUUUAAACUCCAACUCCAAAACCAGCUGCUUUCCGGUGACGUCCAAGAACGGCAACUGCUUAGCUUUUACUGUGAAGUCAAGCUUGGACACUGUGGGUCCUAGAGCGACUGUUGGUCAAGUUACUGAAGUCUCUAAAGACACUUUCUGGCCGAUCGUUAAGUCUGCCGGCGAUAAAACCGUCGUCCUCGAUAUGUACACCCAAUGGUGUGGCCCUUGUAAGAUUAUGGCUCCCAAGUUCCAACAAUUGUCAGAGAAGUAUCUUGAUGUAGUCUUCUUGAAGCUUGAUUGUAACCAAGACAACAAGCCAUUGGCUAAGGAGCUUGGCAUAAGGGUUGUGCCUACUUUCAAGAUUCUCAAGGACAACAAGGUUGUAAAGGAAGUCACUGGGUCCAAAUUUGAUGAUCUAGUGGCUGCAAUAGAGGCUGUUAGAUCCAGCUGAAUCACCUUUUUACCUGGGGAAAAAAAGUAAACCACCUGAUUGUAGAAACCAAUAUCUGCUUCAGAAUAAUUAUUUCCUACUUGUAUGUAUCCGUUGAACUUUUCUUUAUCGGGGAAAUCAGGUUGGAUGAAAACAGGUGCAAUGAUUACAAAAGGAAAGAAAAGGGGAAUUCUGUAUUUUUUUUUUCCUUUACCAAUCUGAAGAAGCAGUACCCAUGAAAAGGGAAUGUUGUAAAUGCCAAUGAAGUACUUGUGAAUCAAAUUUAGUGAACUGAAUAGCAUUUCUUGCA